GCCAGAGUACCAUUACGUAUAUCUAUACCUUUGUGGAAAGCUUCAAGGGACCUCACCCAGGUUUUGCCAGUAUCGCUCAGAUGGCGUCGUGUCCACAAGCAGGCCAGCCAGUCACCUUGAUGCUCUCAGUAAUGGGAAGGAAAGGUCCGUCAUCAAUGAGUGUUGGAAACAUUGGCCUAGUAACUGUGUCUGGUCCUGAGGUUGUGAGCAAUGGUACGAUGACUGACAUGGGUAGCGGAGACAUCCUGGUGACUGUUGACAUGGUCCCUGAGGGGGAGUUUGUUGUCAUUCUGAAAGGAACAGACAAAGUGUCAAACUCUGAAUUUCAGAGGCAGUCUACCACCCAGAUGUCUGUCUCCAAAGUGAACAUCCAGGCUGUGGUGGACAGCAGUGUGGAGCCAGGAGAAACCUUUAAGCUCCCCUUCAGUGUAACGACCCAGGGCUCUGGUGGUCAGUAUCACAUCAGCGCCAGAAAUGACAGAAACUUCCACAUGUCCUACUCAAGCAACCUCACCUUGACAACUGGAAAAUAUACUAAUGAUACGUUGACCAUUACGGCACCUGCCAGCACACCAUCAGGCACUGAUAUCACUCUGACUGCAGAAGCCAAGUCGUCCAGUGGUGUUGACUCCAAUUACGUCGUGUUGAGAUUGUCUGUUGUCACCAAGAUAACAGAUUUUGUUCAGCCUUUGUGUGAAGUGGUUAGUGUGCAGGCUGAUUAUUGCCCUCAAGAUGUUUCUCAGUGUGGACCUUUCAAGUGGAAGCUCUCGGCCAACCUUACUGAUGGAAACGGCGCUGGGAUCGAGAGAAUCUCCCUGCAACAGGGUAAUGGAUCCCUCUCAUACACCUCUCUGAGUGCUCCUGUUGUCCAGGCAAACUACAACGCCUCCUGCUGCUCACAAACUGUGGAGUUCAUAGCUGUAGAUAAAGUUGGCAAUGUGGGAAAAUGCUACCAAUCAAUUGUUCGUUCGGAUGGCCCUCCUGCUUUAACUCUGUCAUUGCCACUGUGGUUGUGCCUGUUGGUGUCUGCUUUUGUAAUCAGGCCUUGAAGGGCUUAGUUUAGGUUGUGUCUUAUAUCUGUAUGCUGCAUCAGGUAUUGUACACUGUUCAUGAUUUUAAAUUAGUCCUAACUGUAACCCUCAAAACAGUGUGCUGCCAUGAUGGACUGAAACAUUGGUGAUGGUCACCCUAAACCCAGAUAUCCUGCUCACACAGU